AUGUUCCCUUUUUGCCCUUUCCCAUUUGCAUCUCUUUCAAUUCGAACGUUUCGUUCGCUCUCAGCUUUCCAGUCCGUUUCAAACCAGUUGGUUGGACUAGUUGGGGGCAGCCAUGGAAGAUCAGAGCUGACUGUUCUGCAUGCGUGGGGGGCCAUCGAUUUUCGUUUGGGGAGGCGCGCUGCAAAUCUAGCCGCCCUUUUGGAUUUUAUCUCAUUAGUUCUCCUCUUAGAUGUUGCGUUGUGUGUUGCCGUUCCAGAUGCGCUUCAUCCUUCAUCUCAUCGCACGGGUUUAGCUCAAAGGAUUUCUGGGUUUCGUAAAAAAAGGGAGGAAGAUCUAAGGAAAAAGAAAUGGAGUAAUCAAUAUGAGAACCCCGCUCAUCAAUCUGGUAAUUGA